AUGUUACAAGCAAUUUCGACGCACAGAGAUACUUACAAGAAAUACAUCGAAUUUUUGGAUAUGUUUCCUAUGAUAGUGAGCGACUUAACGAACGCCAAGGCAGAAGCAAAUAUUGUUGAGGUAAAUGUACACUACGACCAAGUUCUUCGUUAUCUGGUCCCCUUUGGUAAAAAAUUGAGGGCUUUUAAUACACUUACAACUUACGAAGUCCUUGAAAAACCAGAAAAUGCCACACCGGAAAAUCUCAGAUUAGCAAUGAUCAUGGCUUGGGCUUUGGAAGUGCUACAGGCAGCUUCUACUAGAGUUGACGACAUGGCUGACGAAGGAGUGAUGCGAAGGGCUAAUGAUGCACUACUUCUUUUUACUCUAAGAACCGGUCUGGGAGAAAGCGCGGAUUGUAUGUCUAUCAAGGAUGGUAAAUCUCAAAUGCAACUUCACACGAUGGAGAGGUUUAAACGCAUUGCUGAACACAAAACUGGCUUUUACACUUUUUAUUUACCAAUAGCUUUAGCUAUGUAUAUGGCAAACAUAUAUGACCUGGAACUCCACAAAAAAUCGGAAGAUUUGUCGAGAGAUUUCACGUUUUUGUAUCAACUGCAGAUACCUAUAUUUGCCAGGAUGACUUCAUGGACUGCUAUGGUAACCCAAAAAAGUGGUAAAAAGGGAACAGACGUUCAAGAAGGUAAAUGUACGUGGCUCUCCGUAAUGGCAAUGGAAAAAGGAAAUUAUUCUCAGGUAGAAACGAUGAAACAGUGUUAUGGUUCUAAAGAUCCUGAAGCAGUAACAACAAUUUUAAACUUAUCUCAAUAUGAAAGAUACUUAUAAAAGUUGCUUAGAAGAAUCUUUCAAUCAUAUACGAAAAUCCAUCAAGCAAAACGUCAGUAAUAAAACUUUACAAUCAGUCUAUUUUAAUAUUCUGAAAUCUCUUGAGCAAAGAGAGCGAUUCUGGGUAUGUUGAAUGCAAAAUCUGACAUGCGCAAUGAUGUUUCAUAUUUUCAAAUAUGUGGGAAGAUUUUUUUAGUGCGAUUUUUUUGUAA